AUGAAAGACAUGAAGAUAGAGGAGCCCAAACGCAGCGAGCAGCGAGGGGACAGAUGGGCCGAGAACACGACCCGAAACACAGACCUGACGCCGCUCGGCUGCAGAGACACACGCUUCUUUCUGCCUCUUUAUCCUCCAGGAAACACAAGCCUGGACCCCCGGGAGCAGCAGAGAGGACACACACAGCUUCAAGGAUGCAGGACGGGAGCUGGAACCCGCCCGAGGCGUCCUCUGAGGGGGGGGGGCCCGCACCUGGACCCAGAGCUGGAGGGGGGGUUCGCUGACCUCACGGCCUUCCUGAGUGCAGAGGAGAUCCACCGCAGCCUGGACCUGGCCCUGGAGGCCUUCGGGGGAACAUUAGAGGACCCAGAAUCCUCCAAAACUGCUGAAAACCCCCAAACUAAAGCUUCCUCUCCAUCUGAAGGUGAUGGUGCAGCAUCUGAAGCCCCGCCCCUCAUUAAACACACGUCCAGAGAGGUGGAGAAGCCCACCCCCCGUCUCAAACCCUUGCCCCCCGUCUAUAAACAGGAUAAGCCCCGCCUCCUUCAUGAAGGUCUGGAGCUAAACGACCGCGCGGCGUCGACAUCAGAGUUCUGCAGCCGCGCCGCCACCUUCAUCGAGGAGCUGUCCUCCAUCUUCAGAGGCUCCGCCCACCAGGAGGACGACGCCUCCUCUCCGGACAGCGGGUACCUGACCCCCCACGGACAAAAACAGACAACCGCUCCUCCUCAAAACCCCCGCCUGGAGGAGGAGGAGGAGGAGCAUCACCAGGAGGAGGAGACGGCAAAACAGGAGGAGGAGCAUCCCAGCGAGCCAGCAGGGGGUCCUGACGCUCCUCCAGUGUACCACCACCACCACCUCCAUCACCCCCCCCUCUGCUGCUCCAUCUCAGAUCCCGCUGACCCCCCCCUGUUUCCUGCAGAAACUGAAGAGCCAGGAGGUGGCCGAGGGGAGCCCCAUCCGUCUGGAGUGCAGAGUCACAGGAAACCCCCCCCCUCUCGUCAGGUGGUUCUGUGAGGGUCGGGAGCUUCACUCUUCGCCUGAUAUCCAGAUCCUGAGCGAUGAAGACCUGCAGACGCUGGUGAUCAACGAGGCGUUCGAGGACGAUACGGGACGAUACACCUGCGUCGCUUCAAACAGCACGGGGGCCGACAACACAUCCGCUGAGGUCUACAUCGAGGGAGCGUCGUCCACAGACUCCGAGGGAGAAGGAGGAGCGCCCAAGACCCGCUCAGGAAACAUGCCUCA